AUGUUCCGUCAUAGCCAAAAACGCAAGAAAGACCGCAGAGAUGGUAAAAACCAUGACGAGUGUCCUGCAACGCCAAUAUCUCAAUCAACAGGCACCACAUCCCAACCCAUCACACCGAAGCGUUUUGGCGGCUACUUUGGCACACCGAAAACAGGAUAUCAAUCCUCUUCAUCAACAUCGAGCACGUUAAAUGGCAGCACCCACACCUACGCAGGAACACACCGGAAUUCUGAAUCCUCCACCGCACCCAGCUCUCUCAGAAUAAGCCAGACAACCACAAAUAGCUACAUAGACAAACCCCUGCCACCAACCCCUAGAAUAAACAGCCCUCAACGGAGCGCUCACACCUCCGAUUCGUCGAGUCACCGCUCUAUACGCGCAGGCACAGGCAUAGACACAGGCACAGGCUCACUAUUCACACAUUCCUCAUCCAUAGACCCAGCAUUCACUUUCCCGCUGCCACCAAAAUCCGCAUCAACACCCAAUAAACCGCUCUACCCCUACACCUUCACACGCACCUACCUUUGCGGCCAUCCCACGGAAAUUAUCACCGUAGAUAAACUCCCCUCAGGAUUUCUCUGCCACAGCAUUCUCCCUCCGUCCACCAAUGUCCGCGGUUUAGGGUACAAUCUGCAGUAUACAUUGCGGAAAUGCCAGGCAUGCGCAACUGAGCAUCUCGCGCAGCCGAUUCGCGAAGUUGUGAGGAAUCAAAUGAUUGUGAGACGAGAGGUCGGGGCUGAGGGGCGUAUUGAUGGAGUUACAGAAGCGUUGGAGCGGUUUCGGGAGAGUAAGUUUGGGUUUUUAGGGUUUAGGGUGGGGCAUGGCAGGAUUGAUGAGGAGGAAUUUAGUGGUGGGGAGGUGUUGAAGCCGUCGGUGGGCGUGGGUAGUGGAGGCGGGUUUUAUGAGAGAGCGACUAGGUUCUAUGUGGAGGAUCUCAGGGCAGAGAGAGUGGAGGAGGUUGCGGGAACAGAAGUUGGCGUUUGGGUUGGGGGUUGA